UUUUUUUUCUGUAUCAAAGAUGGAUGUCUAUAGUUUAUUUGUAGAUGAAGAGACAGGGGACUUAAAACCAAAAGUUGACAAGAUCCUAAAAGACAUUUUUGAAAACUUUGAUAAAGAUAAAGAUGGUAAAUGGAAUCGAAAAGAAAUUCAAGAUUUUGCCACUGCUACCAAUGGUCGACCUUUUGAGGAUUCAGUGAUAGAGGAAAUCAUCGAUUCAUUUGAAGUUGAUGAACAAAAUAACUUGUUGUUUACUGGAUUCUAUCAAAUGUACUAUAUGCAAACUGUGAGUGAACCUGAAGAGACGUUAAAGGAUUUUAAGAAGCAUGGCUAUGAUGACAAUCUAGACUUGGUUUCUUCUCGUACAGAAGAAAAGUAAUCGGUUGCACCAUGACAAAUAAAUAAAUACGCCAUUUUUAAAU